UCAGCCACUAAAUGAAGUAAAAGUUGGCAGACAAACAAAACAGGAAAACUCAAACAUUAAAAUCUGAGGUCCGCGUGUGAAAAAGUACAAAAAAUGAAGCUUCUUACUCAUAAUUUUAUGACUUCAAAAUGUUUGAAAAGAGUUAACCUAGGCUUCCCUUUAAGCAUUGAGCCUAAAGAAGUCAAAGAAAUAACAGUUCCAUUCAACAGAGAAUUCAUUUCCAGAAUGAUUCCAAAAAUUGAUUGGGAAGUUCUUUAUAAUGCUGCGACCAGUAUUGGCCAAAAUAACGAUCUUCCUAAAACACUUUCUCCAGAUUAUGAAAAUGAUGAUGAAUUCUUAAAAAAAGCACAUCAUGUUCUUUUGGAAGUUGAAGUUAUUUCUGCUGAUCUAGUAUGUCCGGAAACAGGGGUCAAAUUUCCUGUCAGCGAGGGAAUCCCCAACAUGUUAGCUAAUGAAGAUGAAGUCUGAUACUUUUGUUAUGUGCAUUUUCCAAUUAUGUUUUUUAACUAAGCCAUAAAGUUCUUUUUUUUUUUCAUUCUGAGGAACCAUAUUUGUAAUAAAUGUAAAUAGAAUGUGCAUUAUUUUCUCUUGUUGAUUCUCUGGUUUUGAAUGAUGGCAAUUCUUGUUAUCAUUGAUUGCUUUAAAAAAUAUCGGUCAAAACACACCC